CCUGGGCCCGCCCCCGCCGCCAUCUUGGUCCAGAAGGGAGCGUGUCGCACGCGUGAGUAAACAGCCCGAGUCGUGAAAGUCGGGCUUUGGCAGCCUGCAAGUGCAGCGGCGCAGCGGUGGAGAGGACCCUGUCCUGAUCAUCGGUGGCCGACAUGACGGCCCCAGGUCAGAGCUCGCUCGCGCCGCUAUUGGAGACACUGGAAGAUUCCUCCGCCUCCCUUGGAGAGCAGACGGACGCCUACCUAACUUUGACCAGUCGGAUGACUGGAGAAGAAGGGAAAGAAGUCAUAAUAGAAAUUGAGAAAAAUCUUCCUCGGCUGUACAAAGUUUUAAAGACUCAUAUUUCCAGUCAAAACUCAGAACUGAGUAGUGCUGCUCUACAGGCCUUGGGGUUUUGCUUAUAUAAUCCCAAAAUUACCUCAGGAUUAUCAGAGGCAAAUAUUCAAGAACUGCUUUCAAAAUUGAAUGAUAUUGUUAAGAGUUCAGACAAAAAUGUACGUACCAGGGCACUUUGGGUAAUAUCCAAACAGACGUUUCCCACUGAAGUUGUUGGAAAAGUGGUAUCCAGUAUAAUUGACUCUUUAGAGAUAGUGUUUAAUAAAGGAGAGAUACAUUCUGCCGUUGUCGAUUUUGAAGCAUUAAACGUUAUCAUAAGGCUAAUUGAACAAGCUCCAGUUCAAAUGGGAGAAGAGUCAGUGAGGUGGGCAAAAUUGGUCAUACCUUUAGUGGCUCAUUCAGCACAAAAGGUUCAUUUGCGGGGAGCCACUGCUUUGGAGAUGGGAAUGCCCUUGUUGCUUCAGAAACAACAAGAAAUAGCAUCUAUUACAGAGCAGCUUAUGAGUACUAAAUUAAUCUCAGAACUCCAAAAGCUAUUUAUGAAUAAAAAUGAGACUUAUGUGUUAAAAUUGUGGCCUUUGUUUGUCAAACUUCUUGGAAAGACUUUGCAUCGAAGUGGAAGUUUCAUCAAUUCUUUGUUACAUUUGGAAGAGCUGGGAUUUCGUAGUGGAGCACCCAUGAUUAAAAAAAUAGCUUUUAUUGCGUGGAAGAGCUUAAUAGAUAAUUUUGCCUUAAAUCCAGAUAUUCUGUGUAGUGCAAAAAGACUCAAGUUGUUAAUGCAGCCUUUGAGUUCCAUCCAUGUGAGAACAGAGACUCUAGCAUUAACAAAACUAGAAGUCUGGUGGUAUUUACUAAUGAGACUUGGACCUCAUCUCCCUGCUAAUUUUGAACAGGUUUGUGUUCCUCUGAUUCAGAGUACAAUAAGCACUGAUUCUAGUGUUUCACCUCAAGGCAAUUCGUCUCGUAUAGCUACUUCUCCAGGCUUAAGUCCUAUGACUCCUGUACACAAAGGUGCUUCCCCAUAUGGAGUUCCUGGAAAUCCACGCGUGAACUUGAGUUCAAAUUUAGGUGGAAUGGCCACAAUCCCUUCUAUUCAACUUUUGGGACUUGAAAUGUUGCUUCAUUUUUUGAUGGGUCCAGAAGUAUUGAGUUUUGCUAAGCAACACAAACUUGUGUUAAGCUUAGAGCCACUUGAACAUCCGUUAAUCAGCAGCCCUUCUUUUUUUUCCAAGCAUGCACAUACACUUAUUGCUGCUGUGCAUGAUAGCUUUCUUGCAGUUGGAAAGGAUGCUUCUGAUACUGUUGUCAGUGCUAUCUGGAAGGAGCUAAUAAGCUUGGUGAAAUCAAUUACUGAAUCAGUACUGGGAUUGAACCCAGGGGCACUUUACCACCAAGGUAACAGAAAAGAAAGAUCAGGUUCUGAAGUUCUGACCCUCUUACUAAAAUCAUUGGAAAGUAUAGUGAAGUCAGAAGUAUAUCCUGUGUCAAAAACAUUGGUUCUCAUGGAAAUUACAAUUCAAGGACUUCCUCAGAAAGUAUUAGGUUCACCAGCAUAUCAGGUUGCUAAUAUGGAUAUUCUUAAUGGAACUCCAGCUUUGUUCUUAAUUCAGUUAAUUUUCAACAAUAAUCUCCUGGAAUGUGUAGCAGAUGAAAGGUUUUUUCUCAAUCUUGAAACACUUGUAGGCUGUGUGCUUUCUGGUCCAACUUCACCAUUAGCUUUUAGUGACUCUGUAUUAAAUGUUAUUAAUCAAAAUGCAAAAGAAUUGGAAAACAAGGAGCAUCUGUGGAGAAUGUGGAGUAUUAUAGUCACCCCAUUAACCGAGAUGAUUAAUCAGACCAAUGAAGUGAAUCAAGGUGAUGCAUUAGAACAUAAUUUUAGUGCCAUCUAUGGUGCACUGACUUUACCAAUCAACCAUAUUUUUUCAAUACAGAGAUUUCCUGUGGCUACCAUGAAGACUUUACUUAGAAGUUGGUCCGAAUUAUAUAAAGCGUUUGCUCGCUGUGCUGCCUUGGUGGCAACAGCAGAAGAGAAUUUGUGCUGUGAAGAACUUUCUUCUAAGAUAAUGUCCAGUUUGGAAGAUGAAUCCUUUUCAAAUUUGUUGUUCUUGGACAGGAUUGUUCAUAUUAUUACUGUAAUGGUUGAUUGCAUCGAUUUUUCACCAUAUAAUAUUAAAUAUCAGCCCAAAGUUAAAUCACCACAGAGAUCUUCAGAUUGGUCCAAAAAGAAGAAGGAGCCCUUAGGGAAAUUGGCUUCUUUAUUUAAAAUUAUUGUGAAAGUGAUCUAUUCUUUCCACACUCUGAGCUUCAAAGAAGUACAUUCUGAUACUCUACUUGCUAUUGGCACCUCAAUCAUCAGCAUGCUUUUGAGUAUUUUUGGACGUAUUUCUUUGCCUUCUAUGAUCCGAAAAAUAUUUGCAACUUUAACAAGAGCCCUGGCAUUAUUUUAUGAAAAUUCAAAACUUGAUGAAGUUCCGAAAGUGUAUAGUUGUCUGAACAACAAGUUAGAAAAGCUAUUAGGAGAAAUUACUGCUUGUCUACAGUAUAACUACACUGGAACUUAUGAUAGUGAACUCCUUGAACAGCUUUCUCCACUACUAUGUGUAAUAUUUUUGCAUAAGAAUAAACAGAUUCGAAAACAAAGUGCUCAGUUCUGGAAUGCCACAUUUGCUAAAGCGACAAUGUUGACUUAUCCUGAAGAAUUAAAACCAGUACUAAGACAAGCCAAACAGACAUUUUUACUUCUGUUGCCUGGUUUGGAAAGUGUCGAAAUGAUGGAAGAAUCCAGUGGACCAUAUUCAGAUGUAAUGGAAAACUCACAAUUAAAUGUGAAGAUAAGUGGUAUGGAAAAAAAAUCAAGUGGAAAAAGAGAUUCCUUUUUGACACAAACUAAGGAUAAGAAAGAAAAUAUGAAACCAUCAGUUAAACUCAAAUUAGAAUCUUCAUCUCCAAAAGUAAAAACUGAAAUGCUGUUGGAAGAGGAAAAGUCUUCUGACUUUGUGUUUAUUCCUCCAGAAGGAAAAGAAGCAAAGGAAAGAAUUUUGACUGAACAUCAAAAAGAAGUACUCAAAACAAAGCGGUGUGAUAUUCCUGCCAUGUAUAAUAAUCUGGAUGUUUCACAAGAUAUCUUAUUUUCUAGUCAUGAUAGUCAGGAAGAGUCUGUGGAAAUUCUUACUUCAAGUGAAAAACCAAAGGAAGAUUCUGAAGUGAUGAUUAAGGAGGAGCAAAUGGAGAACAUCAUUCCUCAAGAUAGCAUGGAAAACUGUGGUAUGGAUGAACAUCUUGAAAAGGCUUCUGUUUCAAAUAAUGAGUGUAGUUCUAUUGAUGAAACCAAUCCAGAAGUAUUAAUGAGUGAUAGUGAUGUCAGAAAAAUCACCUUAACUUCAUCAAAGAAAACUUCAACUGAAUGUACACCUAAUGCAGAAAAUUCAUUUGUCAUCAACAGUUCAGUUUCUAAUGCCUCUAUUUCUGGAACUCCCCCACAGCCUACAAGUCGAAGGCAAACGUUUAUUACCUUGGAGAAGUUUGAUGGUUCAGAAAAUAGACCUUUCAGCCCAUCCCCUUUGAAUAAUAUAUCAUCAGUUGUUACAAUGAAAAAUAACCAGGAAAUCAUGACUAAAACAGAUACUAUUCUAAAAACAAAGAAAAGAGAAGUGACUCGAUCAAAAUCUGAUUCAGAAAAGGUGGUGAAUGGAAUUAAGAGAUCAAGCCGGAGAUCUGGUAAAGCUGAGCAUUCAGGGAAUAAAAAGUCUAAGCCCUUAGUGAAAUCUGAAGAAGAGGAAAAUACUCAGGAAUCUACUGAAGACAUGAUAGCCUUAGGAAAAAACCCACCUGGUUUAGUUAAUCAAACAGAAUGUGUACAGAAUACUCAGGAUCAUCUUUCUGAAUCUGUAGUAGAGUAUGAAGAUACAAAGCCUAAAUCAACAAUGGAAAAUGCAGUAUUAUUGGAAAGUAAUAGUAUAGAAGAGAAAAAUGGGUGUAUUAAUUUGGAAUCCAAAGAAAAUACACCCCCUAUCAUAAUACCAGCAGAUCAUAUGGUAAAUGAAGAGAAUCAGGUUCAGAUAACUUCAACCCAAAAAACCCUUAGACGAUCUUCAAGGCGACGUUCAGAAAUAGUAGAGUCUACUACUGAUAGCCAAGAUAAAGAAAAUAGUCACCAAAAAAAGGAAAGACGGAAGGAAGAAGAAAAAACUCUUCAAAAGAGUCCAUUGCAUGUAAAAGAUGAUGUGUUGCCUAAGCAAAAACUGACUUCUGAACAUACAGAACAGGAAAAUUUAGUUGAGAAAGGAAAUAAUUUGCAUGAGAAGACUUUGGGGGAAACCAGUGUGAAUGCUGAAAUUGACCAAAAUAAAAGAAAAACAGACAUUGAGAAUAUUAGUUCUGAAGGAGAUGGUGCCCAGAACGUUGCUGAUAAGUCCUCUGAGAAACCUGUAAGGGGACGAACACGUUACCAAACAAGAAGAGCAUCUCAGGGUUUGCUUUCCAGCAUCGAGAACUCAGAAUCUGAUAGUUCUGAGGCAAAAGAAGAAGGUUCUAGGAAGAAGAGAUCUGGAAAGUGGAAAAACAAAAGUAAUGACAGUGUUGACAUGGAAGAACAAGAAGAAAAAAUGGUACAACAGGAGUGUAUAAAAGCUGAAAAUCAGUUGCCUGAGUCUAAAGCAUUUUCUGAACUAGAUAUGAAGUCUCAGAUUUGUGAAACAGGUGAAAGUACUGUGGUACCACCACAGGAGUCUAAAAUAUCUUCAGAUUUGUUACAAGUUUCUGACAAUGUAUCGAAUACAUGUGAAGGAAAAAGUAAGGCUAGCAAAUGCACAGAAAAUUCCUUUACAUGGUCACCGGUGCAGGAAUCAAAUCUAAGGACUAGAAAUGCCAAUAAGAGGUUACAUAAGGGGGAUUCUGAUGGUAGUGUGGGAGAAUGUUCAAAAGUAGGGACAUCAAGCAUCGCCCCGCUUUCUGAAAAAAGUGUCCAAAUUCUCGAAUGCCAGCACAAGAGAAGUAGGAGGGUCAGGCGAUCUAAAGGUUGUGACUGCUGUGGGGAAAAAUCACAGCCUCAGGAAAAUUCAUUUAUUGGGUUAAAGAACACAGAAAAUGAUGAUGAAAAGAGCAGUGAAACAAAGGCAGAGAUGGAGACACCUGGAACUGCAUCAAAAACGUGCAGUGCUAAUCUUAAUUCUGAAGUAAAAAUUUUUGAUGAACAUGCCAGUGUGAGUUUUCACUUGGGCCUCAAGGAGGAGAAUGAUACUAUAAAUGAUGUUUUGAUUGCACCUGAAACUGAAUUAAAAGAAAAUACUACUGAAAAAUCUGUUUCUCCUGAAAUAGUAAAUGUUAAAGAGGGGACUUGUGAUGUGAAUUCUAGUAUAACAACGUCUCUUGAAAGUGCAGAGCCAUCUAAUAUAUUAAAAGCUGUGGGCCCAUGCUUAUGUGAUUCCAUGGACAUUUCACAGCAAUGUUCUCCUUUGGACACCAUAAAAAGGAAACCAGAAGUUACCCCAGGAGAAAUUCACAUUGUUAAUGUUGAAGGAAAUGCAUGUAAAGUAACAAUGGGACCAAAUCCUGAAGAAGUAGAAGCUAUGGAAUUGGAUAUAGAAAACAAUAGAUUUGAAGCUAGCAUAGAAGAAGAAAAAUCUGAACAAAAGAAUGCCAAAAUGGAUACUUCUGAAGAAAUGGCAGUAGCGGGAAAUACUAAAAGUGACAUACCUGAAGCCGAAGAAGAGAAUGCUGAAGCAGCUGUAGAACAGGAAUACAACUCGGGUAUUGGUUUUUCUGAUAAUGCCACACCUAUAAAUGUGAACUCUCAUACUAAGAUUUCUGAACAGAAAGCAGAUGGGGAACUAGGUGGAGGAAAUAAUGAGUCUAAUCUAGGCUCACCUGAAGAAAUCAAUUUUGAAAUGGAAAAUUAUGAAAAAACAGUAAUUGAUCAGGUAAAUACUGAAACUGACAAUGUCGAGGAAACAAAGGACAGGGACAGGAGUACCAAAACCUCUAAGCCAGAAGAAGCUCAAACAGAAAGAUUGAAUGUAGAAACUGACUUUGUUCCUGGCACACUUGAAAUGAACUCUGAAGAAGGAAAGAUUGAGUGUAAUUCAACUGAAACUAAUAUUGAACUUAAUAAAUCUGAAGAAAUGGAAUUAGAUGACAAUCAAAUGGAAGUAGCAAAGGAUACUUUACAGGAAGUUCAUCAGACUUCAGAGACAAUAGAGGAAACAUUACAGUCUUUAAUAUCUGAAACAACUAUCUCUGAACUGGUAACAGAAGACAAUAAUGCAUCUCCUCAAAAAUUAAGGGAACUUGAUCCUUUACUUUUGUCAGCAAAUGACAGCCCUAGUGGUAUGCAAACACGAUGUGUCUGGUCCCCAUUGGCUUCUCCAUCCACCAGCAUUUUAAAGAGAGGACUGAAAAGACCCCAAGAAGAUGAGAUCUCCUCACCUGUUAACAAGGUUCGCCGUGUCUCAUUUGCAGAUCCAAUAUACCAAGCAGGAUUGGCAGAUGACAUUGAUAGGCGAUGUUCUAUUGUUAGGUCCCAUUCUUCAAAUAGUUCUCCCAUAAUAAAAAGUGUUAAAACAUCACCUACUGCACAAUCUAAGCAUAAUACCACUUCAUCUAAAGGAUUUCUGUCCCCAGGAUCACGUAGCUCUAAAUUUAAGAGCUCAAAGAAGUGUUUAAUAACAGAAAUGGCCAAAGAAUCCAUUCCAUGCCCAACAGAAAGUGUUUACCCAGCUUUGGUGAACUGUACAGCACCAGUUGACAUCAUUUUACCUCAGAUAACAUCAAACAUGUGGGCAAGAGGCCUAGGACAACUUAUCAGAGCCAAGAAUAUAAAAACAAUUGGCGAUCUGAGUAAUCUUACAGCAUCUGAAAUAAAAACUCUUCCUAUCCGUUCUCCGAAAGUUUCCAAUGUAAAAAAGGCUCUUCGGGUGUAUCAUGAACAGCAGGUAAAAUCUCGUGGACUGGAAGAGAUUCCAGUUUUUGAUAUUUCUGAAAAAUCAGUAAAUGGAAUAGAAAAUAAAUCUCUCUCAACUGAUGAAGAAAGACUUGCCUCAGAUUUGCUUGAUCCUGUUCCCUUAGAAACUCCAUUAUCUAAAAAUCUUGUUGCACAAAUUAGUGCUCUUGCUCUUCAACUGGAUGCAGAAGAUCUCCACAGUUAUUCAGGAAGCCAGCUAUUUGAAAUGCAUGAGAAACUUGGUACUAUGGCAAACUCGAUAAUAAAAAAUCUACAGUCACGUUGGAGAUCAACAACCCAUGAAAAUUCCAUUUAGUAUUUUAAGAGAAAUUGAAUUUUUUUAAACAUCACUAGUUUUCUUGAUUGAUAAAAUAAGUUCUGAAAUACACCAUACAAUUUAAAAGGGGAGACUGCAAGGUCGAUAACAUUUCAAACCAUGAAAGGCAGUGACAUUAAUAAGUUCAGUUCUGUAAGUUCAGAUUCCAUUCAUUUGCAUUAGCAAGUAUUUGUGCAGCAGCAUUUGCCUAUGAAAAUUUACUAGACAUAGUAUUCAUUUCUAAAUGCAUGACUGUACAUUAUGUGUAGAUGACAUUUUAAUUUAUAAAUUUCAGCCUUCAUUAACUGCAUGAAUAUUUCUGCAGGUUCUUGUGAAUACUUUGGUUUUCUUUAAUAGAAAUAUUUUGUAUAUAUUUAAUAUGGAAAUAUCUGUAUGGACAGAAGUGCUUCAUGUGCUUGCUGCAGAUAUUUGUAGGCUUAUGUACCUGCAUAUAAAACAACAAAUAGUUUUAUAUUUAAUUAAUAGUUUUAGCUAAAACAUGAGUGUAGCCAGGCCCAGUGCCACAUGCCUGUAAUCCCAGUGACUUGGGAGACUGAGGCAGAAGGGUUUCAAGUUUGAGGUCAGCCUGGGCAAUUUAGUGAGACUCUGUCUCAAAAUAAUAAAGAAGGACUGGGGAUGUAGCUCAGUGGUAGGGGUCUUGCCUAGCAUGCACAAGGUAUUGGGUUCAAUCCCCAGUACCACUUUUUUUAAAAAAAAAUCUAUUUUCUAAAGUAUCCUAAAUGAGAAAAUGUUGCGCAAUAACUUUGAAAUUCAUGCCCUUAGCUUUUUUUUUUUUUUUUUUUUUUUCUUUUGGUUUGGAAGACGAUACCAACCACUAGAAAGCGUGCCUCAUUACAUUUCUUCUUAAUGGAGAGUUAGACUGAAUAUUUUCCUUGCAAGUUGGACUAUAACGAGUCUAGAGAUUAUCUGUUCUAUUCAUCUAUACCUAAAAUUAAACUUGGAAGAAAUUUGAAACUGUUUUUAUACGUGUAUCUUUUGCCUAUUUUUUUUUUUAUAAACGGGGGGUGUAUAAUUAUUUGUAAAUUUUUACCAACUUAUGUUAGCACCCAUCUUCCCAUGUUUGUUUUGUCUUUUUAAUUGAGCAUGUAUCUCACUUAUUCUCUCACUGCAUUAGUGAAUGAUCUUGGUUUCACACUUGAUUCACAACCCAAUCUCUACUUGAAAAGGCAUGUUUCUGCAGCAAGUCAUAGAAAGUUUAAUCCUUGUGUCUAAUUUACUUAGGUCUCCUUUUUCCAACAGGGAACUCAUCCAGCUCCUGUGAAAGUUGGGUUUUGUUUUUUGUUUUCUUUUCAUAAUCAUAAAUCUAUUAUAGAUAUUUUUGGGUGUAAAUGUGAUAUAUACCAACAAUCAUUUUAAAAGGAAAUUCUGUGAUUGUUGAACUAAAGAUUGUAAGCUUGGAGAAAAACUAAAGAAAAAACUAAUUUUUAAAAACAAAAUUAUAAUUGUGGAUUAACAUUGUCGAUUAUAUUUAACAGUAAAAAGACAUGAGUUUUUAGUGAACAGUUACGGAUAAGAAGGGUGUGUGAUGUUUGGGGUAAGUUAAUAGUAGUUAAAUAUAGGUACAAGAGUCAAAAUUAGCUUAUUUUAUGACUGCAUAUCUUAACAUUUGUUUGAACUAAAUUUAUUUGUGGUGGAAUGAAGCUCUUAGGAAGCUGAAUAAUAUAGCAGAAAAUAUGACCAAGAUGAUUAUCAUUUACUUAAGUUAUUGAAUUUGAUAAAAGCACCAAUAUUAGUUAAAACAAAUUAUGAUUAAUUGAUGUGUUUAAAAAUAGUAUUUGAGGAAAGGGCCAUCUUAUUAUAAAUCUUCUUUGUUGGUUUGGUUAUAAGCAUACAUUUUAGUCACCUUUCAGUAUUGCCUCAAAACUUUCUGCAGAUUUUCCCCUGAAUGAUUCCUGAAAUAGGUGGGGGAAAAAAAAAAAAAACAAAAAAAACUCCA